UUCAAAGUAAUAAAACAGUGAUUCUAUUCUAAUUAACUUUGGGUACACUCACCACACACUACACACUAGUUUGUGUUUUUCGCGCCACUCAGUUAUUCAUUUAGAAAGCUACUGCUGAGUUCACAAGUUUCUCAAGCUUGAUGGGGACACAAAAGUCUAAUAUGUUUGAUGCACCUUUCAAAUACAUGGUGCCUGAAGAUAAGGAAAUUCCCGACAGACCUUUGCCAUCACAUUGGACUCCUUCUAUGCAGGCAUAUAACACUUCUGGGUCUACUCCAACUCCCUUUUUAAAUCAACAGGCAGCUGGUUCUCACAUGCCUCUCUACAUGUGGGUAAAUCAGGUAAACAACACACUACUUCAAUCCGAUGCUUUGCAUGAUCCAAGGAUGCUCUCCAGUAAACCCACAGUAGCUGGGGAUGCUGUACUGGCUUUUUCAGAAAUAGUACACAGGACUUUUGGCGAACAAAACCUGAAUUCAAUAAAAAAAUGUGCCAGAAACUUGCAACCAAAAAGUUUAAUAACUAAGGAAUCAACAGAAAAUGGAAGCAAAUCUUCAAUAAUGAAAACCAAUAGGGAUGGAGUGUUGUGCAGUGAAGCAAAUGGAAACAAGGGAUCACCAGAUGAAGAUCACAUUACUAAUGAUUUUCCUUCAACUAAGAAGCAGCACUGUAAUUUGAUGCUUGAAAAUGCAAGUUCAACCAAACUGAAUCAGGAUUUGGAGACAGGCCUAGAUGCAUCUGACGCUAAUGCUCAACUUGUAAAUUUGGAAAAGGAUGAAAUAAGAAGAGAAAGAAAAAGACAGUCAAACAGGGAAUCGGCGAGGAGAUCAAGGAUGCGGAAAGAGAAAGAAUGUGAAGAGCUACAUAAACAAAUGGAAAUGCUUAAGGAUGAAAACUCCGUGCUCACACAGAGGCUCAAGAGUCUUUCUGAGGAGUGCCUGGAGAUCUGCAAUGAAAACGAUGCCAUCGAGGAAGAGCUGAUUAAAAUGUAUGGACCAGAAUCAAUAGCAGAUCUAUUGCUCUUCAAGCCUACCUGACCCUGUUGCUGGUUAAGGAAGAAAGCAUCUUACAACUAAUCAGAAUAUAUUGUUUCAUUUUUUAUUAGGGCCAGUUGAAUUCUGAACUUGCUUAUGUCGGCUUAGGUUAAGGAAGGAAAUGUAAGGUUACAAAAAAUAGGGAUUAUUAUAAUAAAGGAUUUAUGAAUGAAAAUUGUAGUUAAAGAUGGAA